GCCCAGGGUAUGUAUACUACAUAGUAUAGCUGCGUCUCCAAACAAGUUCAGGACGAACAGACGCACACAUUCGGUCACUCUCCGACCCUGCGAGCAAAUGGGAAACAUCCAGCGCUCAGACUACAAUGCGCAGUGUGACAUUGAUGUGCAACAUCCCAACUGGAUGAAAAACCUUUCGGACCAGUGCUUGCUCGGUGAGUUGUUUAUCCCUGGCACGCACGACAGCUGCUCCUUACAUGGUGGUGAUGCAAUUCAAUGCCAGUCACUCCCUCUUCCCAAGCAGUUUCGCGCUGGUAUCCGCUACCUCGAUAUCCGGUUGCGUCAUUUCAACGACACGCUGCCAGUGCACCAUGGCCUCAAAUUUCAGCACACCAACUUCACUGGUGUACUUCGUUCCUGUCGGGAGUUUCUGGAAGAAGAACCCAGCGAAGGCAUUCUGAUGCGGGUGAAACAGGAGUACCAGGCAGCAAACAACACAACUAGCUUUGAUCAGCUGGUGAAGGGAACUUGUUUGAGCGUUCUUGGCGCCAAGUGGUUUGUAGACUACAAAGGUAAGCUGGAGGCUUUGACUUUAGGUCAGCUGCGGGGCAAGAUCUUGAUUUUGCAGCAAUACCGAGGGGAGAAGGCGCCCGGGGCCUUUCGCUAUGGGUGCUUGGACAUCCAAGAUGAAUACAGUUUGCCCACGGUCUUCCACAUCAAGAGCAAGAUCUCGCAGAUUGAGGACCACUUCAAGAAGAAACGUGGCUGCGUGAGCCUGAACCAUUUGAGUGGCUCUGGUGCUGGCUGUUAUCCCUACACCUGCGCCCGCAACACGAACUCGGCAGCGUUGGAGGUCUUGCGCAGAAAUGAGACAAUGCAAGGCACCAUUGUUGCAGCUGAUUUUCCAGGUAGUGGCCUAAUUUCAGAGAUUGUCAGGAGAAAUGGUUGAGCUACGUUGAGCUCAUGAAAUACGAGCGCGAUAGUACUCGACACAUUGCUUCCUUGUUUGAUACCCAAUUUGUAGCUUGGACUGAUCUGCAAAGACUACCAGUGAUCCAUUUGCUAGCAGUUUGCUCAAGUUUGGCCUCAGUUUUUGGUUUGUGACUCGCAGUCAACCGUAGAA